UAUAGCCUGGAUUUCUUAAUCAGCAACAGUCUUGAAUUUGCCAUGAGGCAUUUACUGCUUGCAUUUUUCGUUGUGUUUCAACUGCUCCAUGUCCAGGGACAGGAUAAGAAUAUGACCUACGAUCCAAACGAUUUGGCAAAGAAAUUUCUUCGUCCAGCUGUUCAGGCGCGUGUCAUUGGUGGCGAAGUGACAAGCAAUCAGAAACUGGGCGGAUAUCUGGUAGCACUUCGCUAUUACGGUGACUUCAUUUGUGGUGGCACUCUCAUACACGAUUAUUUUGUUGUCACUGCGGCUCACUGUUUCCUGGGACGUUCAAAUAAAUAUCAAUGGACCAUUGAGGGCGGUAUAUCGACAUUAGACGACACCAAUGGGAUUAAGUCUGAAUUGAAGGACUAUAAAGUUCCACUUCACUUUCGUGAGGACGAUAUGCACAUGGAUGUGGCGGUGGUUCAACUGAGAAAGCCACUGAAAGGACAUGGUGUGGGCAAGUUAAAACUGUGCAGUACGCCGCUGGUAGCUAACCUUACACUGACCGUAGCGGGCUGGGGCUUAGUUGAUACCAGGGCGUCACAACCUCACAAUUAUUUGCGUAAGGCCGAAGUUCCGGUCAUGGCAAGACGUGAAUGUAGACGGGUCUAUUGGCCAUCUGUCAAACUAACAGACAGCAUGUUCUGUGCCGCUUUACUCGGCCAAAAGGAUGCUUGCACCUUUGAUUCGGGUGGUCCUUUGGCAUAUAAGAAACAAUUGUGCGGCAUUGUGUCAUUUGGCAUUGGCUGUGCCAGCAACAAGUAUCCUGGUGUCUAUACGGAUGUUAACUAUGUCAAGCCCUUCAUUAAAAAUGCAAUUACAAGUUUAAACCAGUCUUAAAAAAAUAUAAACAAAUUUAUGAAAUUCUGACAAUGACCCAGAAUUGUAGAUA